CAGACGCCAACCGACUGUCCACACAAGAGGACCUCAAGCAGACAUUAAAGACGCCUUCGGAGCAAAACGGAGAGCACAAGAUAGUCCUUAUCAUUUUGGCGUUCCCGGCGAUAUGUUUGCGCUCAAACGAAGGCUACAUCAAUUCAAGUUUUCAUUCCAGUGCUACCUACCUAAGUUUGAUUCUCUGUUCCUGAUAGAGUUCCAAACCCUGGGUGAAAUGUCAGGAACAAAACUUUCAUUGUACUCCAUAUAAGCAAGCGAGCACUAUAACUAGGCGAAGCGUAGUCUGUAAACACGAAUUUAGCUCACGCGCCCAACGUACUUUGAGGAGAAACUUAAUACGCAGAAGUAUGCCGACCCGGACACAAUCAGUCAUCACCAUUGGCCGGAAAGUGGUCAAGACUCCUGAGAAACUACGCCUUGCUCGGCUUAGUUGGGAUAUUAGGCAUUUUGCUCCUGCCCCUGCUGAUCGUCAGCCACCGCUUCCAAGAAAGCUUCUUUGCCUUUGUAUACGUUAUUUUGCAACGACAUAUGAAUGAUGAGGUAAGUGAGAUUCGACGUUUCCUGAUGUCUCACCUCGAUAGCCUGUCGUCGCAAGAGCCAUCCUUGAAGGCCCACGGCUCGGUGCGAGUCCUGGAAGUUGGUGCGGCGUAUGGACCAAACCUCGAGUUCGUCGAGCGACCCAUUGAGUACUCGGUGGUGGAACCCAACAGGAGCUUCAAAGAUUCAUUCAUGGAAAACAUCAAGAAAAACUCAAAAGUGGAGCUGAAGUGGUUGAUCUUUGGACAUGGAGAAAACAUGAGCAUGUUGCCCGACGGCCAUUUCGACGCUGUUGUGCUGUUUUAUGUCCUCUGCUCUGCAAAGGACGGCUCGAAACUCCUGAGUGAAUGCAAGCGUGUACUUAAGAAGGGUGGUCACUUUCUGUUCGCCGAGCAUGUCGCUCACAAGAAAGGCACUCUUUCAAGGUUUAUACAGGAUCUCCUGACUCCACUGACCAAGAACUUUGGCUGCGGCUGCCACCUGAAUCGCGAAAGUGGCGUUUUGUUGAGAAGCGCUGGCUUCGCCAGGAUAGAUAUAAACAUGGCUGACAUCAAUGUGCCUCUAAUGUUUAGCCAUAACAUUUACGGUGUAGCGAUGGCUUGAAUCAUGUCUAAUAAAGCGAGCUGUUUGACCGCAAUAAUUGCUUACAACGUCCUCGCUACACAACGCCAAUCUACUUCUUUAGGUUUCGCGGCUCCUUCGCGGAACGUUUUGUCAUAUAGAGUGCUUGGUGGAUGAAAUAAAAUAUGCUGCAGUAA